AUGACACUUGUGAGUCUGCUGACUGUGGGAGAGAGGUGUGACAAGCAGAACCUGAACACUUUGACAACCAAAGAAAUGAUCUUUGAAUCCAAGACCAAGGGUUCUACUCUUCUUGGCAGACAACACUUCUGCCCCGUGUGUGUGAUGCGGAGGACUUCUGUGAGCAAGAAAAACAACAAAGAAGCUUUCUGCUGUGGCAUUGUGUUCCAGCGUGCAGAGGAGGAGAGCCAGCCGGGAGGGAUCGGGACUGAGUGA